CUCCAAUUCUUUACCUAAGGGGAAUUGCAAUUUUUAGCUUUAAAGUGGCUGCUAUCACAUUUAAAAUUUAGUAGUAGACAGUAGGGGUUGCUUGGCGUAACUAACUGACCAACUUUUUGCUUCAAAUAUGAUUCAAUUUGGCCUAUCUGGUGUAUUGACUUCACUUUGGUGAAAUUUUGAGGACAUUUUCAUCAUAAAUAGGAUAUAUUGUCAUAAGUCAAAGCUUCUACGAAUUUAUUCUUGGACCCCGCUGGUGGUGGAACUUAGCCAAACUCACCAAGCAGAAGCAUCAACAAAGGGGGAGUAGGGGGCAAAAGGUCCGGGAUCCGUAAACAUGUAUCAUACUGUUAUAAGAUUUAUUUACCACUCAAUUUGUUAAUGUGUCACCUUAUUCCUCAUUGAUCGUUCACGCUCAGCGACUUAUAUCUAUUAAUUCCUGAAAGUUUCCUUACACAGAAUAUCUGCAUCCUCGAUUCAUAAAUACGAUGUUUUGUGUAAUCUUGACAUGGAAUAUCUGAUAAUUUGUUUACAAAAUUUCUUCAAAGAGAUAUUCUGGGGUGGCAAGGCUCCUUGUAAUAUGGGUUUUGAUGUUCUCUCUAAGCUGCGCAUGGACCCAUCACUCGGCAGUCCGACGAUCCCUGAACUUUAUGCCACAAAUGAUGUCCUCUUCCGUCAAUUUCCGACCUCGCUUCGUCAAAUUCCUAGCUACGCCCAGAAAAAUUUCAAUUUUUCAUAUCCCACAUUCUUGGUCCGUGUUUUACAUAGACACAUUUUUCUAUUGUUAUCUAAUACAAUGGCAUAAUUGGUGGUUUGUUCAUAAGUGUAAAAGGUCAUGUUUAUUGUGAUGGCGGAGAAAAUCUCAAUCAAAGCCACGUUUCUCACCAUGACCAGUGUAAAAGUAAUGACUUGCUGUGAGGGUAAUUAUCCAAACUGCUUGUAAAAAAACAUAUGAUGCCAAGUCUCAAGAUUGUUUCAAAAGUUGUUGGCUGGAAAAGCAAAUCACCAACAGAGAGUAAAAAGUCAUCUUCAAAUGAUAAAAAAGACAACCCAAAUGCUACUGCCUAUGGCUCCCUCGAGGCUGGAGCCAAAGUGACAUUCCCAUUAGGAAACAAAACCACUGUGGGAAUUCUAAGAUUUAUUGGCCCUACAAAAUUUAGCUCUGGAACCUGGUGUGGAGUUGAGUUGUCAAAACCAGAGGGGCGCAACAAUGGUACAGUGAAAGGUGUCAAGUAUUUCCAUUGCAAAUUCAACUAUGGGAUAUUUGUUCAUGCCGAGAAAGUAUCACUAGUUGAAGAAGGAGAUAAAGAACCUUUGAAAAAAGGUGCAGGAAAAACAAAUGCUAAACAGAUCACUGAUUCAAGAAAGAAAAGUCAUUCUGAAAAUUUGAAGCAAGAAGAAUUGAACGUAAAACAGUUGAAUACUAGCGUGGAUGAUGAAUGGGUAGUUUUUGGUAAUAACGAGGACGAUUUGUUGUCUCCGGAAGCACAAAAAGGUUUGAAAGGAGAAGAGGGGUUAUUCGCAAAGUCUGAAGAGGGAAAUGAUACGCAAGACAAAAGAGAAGACACUGGCUUGAAAUCUUUCCCCAGAGAAGGACAUGGUGGCCUAAGUUCAGCUGACGCUGACCCCCACGCCGACCCUAACAACAUGAAGACUGUUCUAGCUGGGGAAGUCGAUGUGGAAAAUUCGCCACUCAGAAUUAAGAUUGUGAAAAGUGUCAGUGAAGAUGAUAACAACAACAACAACAACAUCUCUAGCGAGAGCAAGUCACAGUUUGCCGAUGGUCUUCUGUUUUACGUAACUGGUCAUGCUAGUAGUAAUCUUGGACCUAAAGAAAAACACAAAAGUUGCCCUGCGUUAAGCGCUAGUUCCGAUGAAGAUGCUUUCGAGACCGAGUCGCAUUCCAAUACUUGGCCAAAGUAUCCGAAGGACGAGGUCCAGCUCAGCCGGGAGCAUUUUCGGAGUGAUUCACGUCAACGGAAGAGCCUUUCUGGAAUCGAGAAACGCAUACGAUUGUCUCACUUUCGAGCCCCACCGCUUGGAAGUUUGAAGAGAUCGCUCUCGAUAGGUGCUGUGUACCCUAAAGAAAAUUAUGUAGCUUAUGAAGAGCACGAAUAUAGACGACCGCAGAGCUCGCCUUUAAAGAGAUCGGUUUCAGACGUCACCGCAUAUGCUACCUGUAUGCAGCUUCCUUAUGGGAAGCCACCUCCGGUUUCAAGGAAACCGUUGAUCCGCAGGGAGAAAACUGCUCCCGGAUCCUUGCAGAGCUCCGAUUCAAGUGAUGUUGAGAAAUCUGAAGACAGUAGUGAUGAGGAGGAGCUGAAGACUGUAGGAAAGAAAAAUGUGGUUGAUGUUGAUGGAAGUGUGACAUGCGAUAUAGAGGACAUAGAGGAAGUAUCGAAUGUGUUAAACGAUGGGACGGACAUUGGGACAGAGAAAGGGCGGUCUGGAUCAUUAGGGCAAGAAAAUUUUGAAGAGGGCAGCCUUAAGGCAGUUGAAGACAGUGUUACAUGCACGGUAGAGCCACAUUUGGAAGCAGCAGCUGAUGUAAAAGAAGGGCCAAUCAUGUCAGCUGACAACGUCAUUUCAUCGCAAGAACCACUUUCAACCCCUCUGUCAGACGACAAAUUAAAUGUUUCAGAUGAAAGUGAGACUGAUAAAAUUUCAACAUCGAGGCAGGAAACCCGUAGAAAGGUUUCGAAAGAACAAGCAUUAGGUAACAGUACACCAUGUCAGCUGAAUAGUGGAUUGCCAGUGUUUUCAAAAUCGAAAAACCAGGCCCUUGCAAAAACACAAGGUUCUGUCAAGGUGCCAAGAAAGUUUUCUGUUCCGUUGCCAGCCUCUAGGAAGGACAGUACUGUAAAAUCUCGGUCAAUGCUCAGCAGAGAGUGCCGGUCACAAAUCGAUUUAUCUUCCAAAAAACAGGAAAAGAUAGAUGACAAAAUUACGUUACCGAAAACGCUAAACAGAAGGGUCAGUGAUUUGGUGGCAAAUUUCGAGAAAACAACGGAUGGACCCACACAGCAGAAAGAAGCUAAGACUGGGGUUGUCCUGCGCAUAUCUGUGGGAAAGACCAAUACCGAUGGCAAGAGAUCUUCAUUGAACAAGUCUUCCACUGGAAAUAAUGAAUCUUCUGCUGCUAAAGGAAGUAGACGAAGUAGUUCGUCUACCACGCCAAGAAAGUUAUCUCAAAUCAGCCAAGAGGAACUAGCUAGCAAAACAACUUUGUCGCAGCAAUAUUUGAAAGAAGAUCAAAAUAAAAAACCUAGAGAGCAAAGCAAACUCAAUGGAGUUCUCAGCUCGUCGAAAAGUAAUAUUGCAACACCUUCAGGGCGUUCUGGUAUUCCAGGGUAUGGAAAGCGAACCUUGAAGCCAGUUUCUAACAAGGACGUGAAAGAUGGUAACGAAAAACAAACAGAAACGCCAAAAAAGACGAAUUUCAAUUUCAGGUUUUCAUCGUCAAAGUUAGAAAAACGAUCGCCUUCGCAGCAGUCCGUACCUUCUAAAGAUGAGGACAAGUCCUCUAGUUCAAGUGGCUCGCCGGCACAGGCCAAAAGCGACAAGGUGCAGAUACAGGAGCUGAAAUCGAAAUGCCAAGAUUGCGAGAAGCAAAUUAGUUAUCUCGAGGAAGGGAUGCGGCAAAAAAAUCUUGCUAUGGAAGCGUUCAUUGUUGUUAUAAAGCAGCAUAUCAAAACAAUCGAAGAACAAAGUGAGAAGCAGGUGCAUCUUCAGGAUAGCACUAACAAUCUAGCGAAGCAACUCGAAGUUCAGACUAAAUUGGCAGUAACUAAUGAGGAUAAAUUUAAUGAAAUUGAAGAAAGGCUUGCCCAGGCUUCAAUCGAUUUUGGGAAGCAAAUUGAAAACUUGAAAAUUGUUCAUGGCUUGAAGUUGGAAUCAUUGAAAGAGGAAUUGAGUGAGUCACACAAAAAAGAAAUGGGUCAAGCUAACGCAAAAUUCAGUAAGGAAAUCGCGAAGUUAAAAGAUUCACAUGAAGGAGAGCUGACUGAACUGCACGAGGAACAUGUAGUGAUAUUGGCAAAAAUGAAAGAAGAACAGGAAGUGGCACUUCAAGAACAAGAAGAGGAUUUCUCGACUACAAAGAAAGAAAUGGAACUUCAGUUUCAAACAGAAAAGGAGGAAAUAUGCUUAGAUUACGAAGAAAGACUUCAAGAUUUAAAGGCUCAGCUGCACUCCACUCAGCAAAAAUGCAACGAAUUCGAAUUCAAGACAAAAGAUUUGCAAGAGGAGCUUGAAAAAGAUCUGGAGACCAAACUGCAAGGGGCUUUGUCAAAAUACAAAGAUUUGCCGGCUGAACUAGAGAGUUUGCAAGCUGUUGUUGAAAUGAAAAAUGAAGAUAUUAGAAAAGCAAGAACCCAUAACAUGGAGCUCCAGAAAAAGUUGGAGGAUUUCUACGACUUAGAGAAAAAACACACAAAGUUACUUCAAGAGAAAGAGGCCCUAGAUGCAACGUUGCAAAAUAAAGUGAAAUAUGAAAGGCAGUUGUCAGUUGAAAGAGAGAAUCUUCAGGCUAAUCUCGAAAAGGAAGCACGCAAAGUCAAACGUUUGUCAAUGGAGAAAGAAGAACUUAUGUGGAAAGUGUCAAACUCGAGCAGCAAUUUGAGCUUGUCGUCUCCUUCUUUAAAUAUUGAUUCACCUUUACCUUCGAAUGGACUGCAAAGUACUCCAAAGACUUCGCGUUCCUUUAAUCGAUCGCUCAAAACCCAAAGCCUGUAUUUACCCACUUUGGACGACGAAGAAUACACUGUAUUAUAGCAUUAGUUAUCGGAUUUUCAGGCGUAUUGACUUGCGUGGCGCUGGGCGUAGUUGGUCGAAUUCGUUAUAAAUAUAGGCAGCAUUUUAAGCCGGUUAUCUUAUAUGAAAGUUUUUUUCAAUCUUAUGUUUCAGUGCUGGUCAUGUUAUGGAGAUUAUUAAAUUAAAUCUGAUUUAACCAAUGUUAUAGUCUCUAUAAGUGAAUCGUGAAUCUUCCUUCUCUUAACAUUGUGUAUCUUGGACAUCUCGUCAUACCCAGAAGUCGCCGAGUUUGUUAUCUCCACUUACAACGAUGGCCAUUUAUUCAAACUUUGGUUGCCAUAUAUAAGGCAGUCUUGAUACGUCGUUUUCACUUAAUGUUCGGCAACAGAAAAUAUCAUAUAAUAUCAGAGACAUCACCAUUAGGUUUCACUUGGUUAAUCAAACAUCAUUUAUUACAACCAGGUAUGGGAAAUUAAUAAAGUUCUUUUUACGCGAACUUUUCAAGCAAUGCUUAACAAUUUGCCCUAAAACACUGGUAUGGAUUCCAGCUCCACAUUCGACAAACCCCAAUGCCUUAAUAGUCUGAAAUAAAGAACCCAUGUGGCAUCCUAACCAUAUCAAACUUUUUAUUACCUUAUUCCUACUUAUGUAUUGUCAAUAAAAUGUCCCUCACCAAAAGAUUCUGGGAUUCUUGCAGCUUUUAAAAUCUAAGGGGUAGUUAAUUUAGAUUGAAUUAUUUGUCGGGUUAUUAUUUUUUAUGUAAUUCGUUGUAUAUCUGUGUUAUAGGAUAGUAUGGUAUUCUGCUUAGAUGUACUUAUUAAAGUAUUUCAUGUUUGUUUUGUUUAAGGCAGAACGUACGUGGUAAUAAUGUUACAGCUAUUCCAUUCCCUAAUUCGAGUUGAGUGUUCUCCCUUUGAAUAUCAUAGGGAACCCAACAACCAACUAUUCUUCAGACACUUGACUAACUCUUACAUACUUGUUCCAAAAAAUAAUACGUAAUACUGCCUUGAGCCUUUUGCACAUCUUACGAAGGAAAGAAAGGGAUUUUCUGAAUCCCAAGAGGAGUAUCUUUGAAUGUCUUACAUAAUUUUAUGCUGCUCUGCAUAUACCCUACCCACAAUGAUUCUAUUUCCUUCAAUGUUCUGUUUUUAAUUCUUCCUAGUUUUUGUUGUAUUUGCAAUGAUUAAAAACUUAAUUGGUUCUCUUAACUUACUGUUGAUAGUUCCAAGUUGAAUUUUAUAAACUAAUGCAGCCUAAUUUUUAUAAAAUAGAAAAUGAUUAUGCUGGUGUUAUUAUAAUCUUUGACGCUUCUUUGUUAAUUAGAAGCAAAA